AUGCACCUGUUCACAGCUUUCAGCAAAGAGCAGGAGAAGGAGAAGAACCUGGAGGAGGAGCGCAGCGUCCCCCAGUCAGCCUUCCUGGGCCCCACGCUGUGGGACAAGACGCUGCCCUACGAUGGAGACACCUAGCUGGAGUACAUGGAUCUGGAAGAGUUCCUGACUGAGAACGGUAUCCACUCCAACCCUCCCAGCACCACCACAACCCACAGCCAGCACCAACCACACGCUCCGCCUCGCCGGCCGCCAGUCUUGUCCCGAGCCCCGCCCACGUCGACGCCCUCAGGGAUGGACCUCAGCAACCGCGUCAUCUCGCCGAACUGCCUGCACAGCAGCACCGCGAGAGCAGGCCUCCCGGAAACCAGAAACACCCCCAGCCCGAUCGACCCGGACUCCAUCCAGGUUCCCGUCGGCUACGAGCCGGACCCGACCGACCUGGCUCUGUCCAGCGUGCCGGGCCAGGAGAUGUUCGACCCGCGCAAACACAAGUUCUCUGCCGAGGAGCUGAAACCUCAGCCCAUGAUCAAGAAAGCUCCCAAGAUCUUCAUCUCGGAGGACCUGAAGGACGACAGAUACUGGGCCCGGCGCAGGAAGAACAACAUGGCGGCCAAACGUUCCCGGGACGCCCGGCGGAUCAAAGAGAACCAGAUCGCCAUCCGAGCAAGUUUCCUGGAGAAGGAGAACUCGGCGCUGAGACAGGAAGUGGGCGAGCUGAGCAAAGAGCUCGGACGCACAAAGAACGUCCUCGUGAAGUACGAGACGCAGCACGGCCCGCUGUGAGGACGCGCUCACAAAUAUAGAAAUAUAUACACACACACCAGCGACCCUCUUCGUCCCGAUGACUCGGAGCUGGAGACGAAGAGAACUUUUAAAUAAACUUCUCACGGCGCUGCACGUUAUUCUGUGGACCAAUUAGAUCACAACGUGCGUUUUAGUCCUCAAACACAAACAAUCUGUUCAAAACAAAUGUGAGAUUUAAUAAUCAGAAUAUUUAAGUUCUUCUUUGUGAGUUUGUGAGUUUUGUUCUUGUAAAUGUUCGACUUUGUUCUAAGAGAAUAUCUGACGUUUCUCCUCUUGUGACAUAACCUCAAAACAACGUAUUUUAAACAUCGGCCAAUGAUCAGAUCUCCCCCACACUCCCGACAAUUAGAUUUUCUACCUUGAGAUAUAUUUAUGUUUGGAAAAGUAGUUCAAACAAACAGGAGGAAAGAGUGCGUUUGUUGGGGACUACUUUCAGCGGCGGAUUGAUCCACAGUGAGACGCUUCAUCAGUUAUUCACUAAAUCUGUUCAAACAUAAAACCCUGAAACAUAUUCAGGACUAUAUACUUAUAGAAUAUCUGCAGACUUCUACUUUAAGACCCGCCGACGCCUCGCUCUCUUCCCACAAUGCACCUGUUCACAGGUACACCUGCUCUGUGUAUAAACCGCCAAACCCUCAAAUAUUCUCUGAGACUAUUUACAGAGACUAUGACUAUAAUUCAUAGAAAAAACUCAAAUUUAUUCAGAAAAUAUUGUUUUUGUUUUGGAACUUCAUCACUUUUCUGAUUUUAUAACUUUUCUCUUAAAUUUGUGACUUUAUAUUAUAUUAUAUUAUAUAUUAUUAUAAACUCAGAAUAUAAAUAUUUAUAUGCACAAAAUGCAUUGUUAGCUUUUCUCUCACAUUUAUGAAUUUAUAAUGAGAAUUCACUUCUUUGCUCGUAAAUCGACCAAUUAUUUUAA